GUGUGUGUGUGUGUGUGUGUGUAAUAUGUGUGUGUUUCAGGAUGUGAAGCUCUCUGCUGAAGUAGAACCGUUUAUCCCUCAGAAGAAAGGUGUUGAAGCGUCAUUAUUACCCAUGAGUCUGUGCGGUGAGGGAGUAGCUGAGCCCACACAAAUCCCCUCCUACCUGAUCACCUGCUACCCCUUCGUACAGGAGAAUCAGAACAACAGUCGGCAGAUGCCCGUGUAUAACGGAGAUCACCGCUGGCAGCAGCUCAACCCGAGCCCCGGCGGGCCAUACCUGGCGUACCCGUUCCUGUCGUCCCCGCAGCCCCCCGUCACCAGCGAUUACCCCACAUACUACCACACCAUCAUGCCCACACCCUGCCCUCCUGUCAUGGGCUUCUACCAGCCCUUCCCGGGGCCCCUGCAGGCCGGCGUUCUGAACCCCGUGUCUGACUGCAGCGAGCGGCCGCUGCCACAGAGCCAGACGCAGAGAGGAAGAGGCAUCUCACGAAACCCCGUGCCACACAAGCAGCCAGUGAGAGCCAAGCGUCUUGUGAUGCGGAGUGUGGCGGUACAGAAGGAGGUGUGUGCCGCCGGGCCUGAUGGGAGAUCCAAGACGGUGCUGCUGGUGGAUGCGGCACAGCAGACAGAUUUCCCCGGCGAGGCGUCUGGCAGUGUCAGAUGUGCGUUGGAUCAGGCGAGUCCUCAGCAGUGGAAGAAAGCUCAGCGCAGACGCACGUCUCAGCAGGAGUCGUCCAGCGAGCAGGGAGCCAGCGAGGCUGACAUCGACAGCGACAGUGGAUACUGCAGCCCCAAACACAACCAGGGAGCCGCCAACACCUCCACCAAUCAGCCCACGGCUGCCGCGGUACGUUCAGCUCGUCUGGCCUUAGACACAUGUCUGUUUGAUUUCAUUAUGUGGAAGAAAGCUCAGCGCAGACGCACGUCUCAGCAGGAGUCGUCCAGCGAGCAGGGAGCCAGCGAGGCUGACAUCGACAGCGACAGUGGAUACUGCAGCCCCAAACACAACCAGGGAGCCGCCAACACCUCCACCAAUCAGCCCACGGCUGCCGCGGCUGUGGACGCUGGCGUCAUGACAGGUGCAGCUGUUAGCUGGGGGAAUGUAGCCUCACAGACCGUCCAGAAGCCGUGGACAGACAGGAACACAGCGUAUCACAGAGGCAGAACACCCGAGCAGAGGAACUACACACAGGACUUCCAGAUGAGCUUUGGAGGUCGUGCAGGAGCACAGAGAUCGACUCCCUCAGAGACACCUAACACACACCUCACACCUGAGCCACUGUACUUUCAGGAUGAGGACGAGUUUCCUGAUCUGGCCACAGGUGGCUCUGCUCAGCGGAAUAAACCAGAACCAGUUCAGCCCAAACUGCCCAAGAACCUGUUGGAUAACCUUCCGGAGAAUUCUCCCAUAAGCAUCGUGCAGACGCCCAUCCCCAUCACCAGCUCCGUGCCCAAGAGAGCCAAGAGUCAGAGGAAGAAGGCGCUCGCCGCUGCUCUCGCCACGGCACAGGAGUACAACGAGAUCAGCAUGGAGCAGAAGAAGCUACAGGAGGCUCUGACUAAAGCAGCAGGUAAGAAGAGCAGGACACCGGUGCAGUUGGAUUUGGGAGACAUGCUGGCAGCACUAGAAAAACAACAACAGGCCAUGAGAGCACGACAGCUCAACAACACCAAACCACUGUCAUACACAGUCGGGACAGUGGGCACGCUGCACAGUAAAGAUCGAGUGAUGGGACUCAAGAACACAUACACCCCCCCUCACAACAUCCUGGACUCCAGCGCGCCCCGCGUCAAGAGAGGGAAAGAGAGAGAGAUUCCCAAAGUCAAGAAGACCACCGCCAUGAAGAAGAUCAUUCUGCAGGAACGUGAGGUGAAGAAGGGCAAGAGUUCUGCUGAGAACAGCGUAUCUGGAACCGACGAGCAGAAAGAAGCUCUGAGCUUCACAGACCCGCUCACACAGGAGCAGGAUGAGAACGGUCUGAGCAUGCCCAGUGAUGCGUCUCUGUCUCCAGCCAGUCAGAACUCUCCCUACAGCAUCACACCCGUGUCACAGGGCUCGCCCUCCAGCUCCGGCAUCGGGAGCCCCAUGGCUGCGUCCGCCAUCACCAAGAUCCACAGCCGCAGGUUCAGAGAGUACUGCAAUCAGGUGUUGAGUAAGGAGAUCGAUGAGAGCGUGACGCUGCUCCUGCAGGAGCUGGUUCGAUUUCAGGAGCAGGUUUAUCAGAAGGAGCCCAGCAAAGCCAAAGCCAAGCGGCGGCUGGUCAUGGGACUGCGAGAGGUCACCAAACACAUGAAACUGCACAAGAUCAAGUGUGUCAUCAUCUCGCCCAACUGUGAGAAGAUCCAGGCCAAAGGAGGUCUGGACGAGGCUCUUUAUAAUGUCAUCGCCAUGGCGAGGGAGCAGGAGAUCCCAUUUGUAUUCGCUCUGGGCAGAAAGGCUUUGGGCCGCUGCGUGAAUAAACUCGUGCCGGUAAGCGUCUGCCAGAUGCAUGACUAUAGGUGUGUGUGUUUGUGUGUGUGUGUUCAGGCUCUGUUCAAUAAGCUGGUGUCUCUGACGGAGGAGGCGCGGAGGGCGUAUAAGGACAUGGUGAGCGCUCUGGAGCAGGAGCAGGCUGAGGAGGCACUGAAGAAUGUCAAGAAGGUCACGCACCACAUGGGCCACUCCAGAAACCCAUCCGCCGCCAGCGCCAUCUCUUUCUGCAGCGUCAUCUCCGAGCCCAUCUCAGAGGUCAACGAGAAGGAGUACGAGACCAACUGGAGGACGAUGGUGGAGAGCGCAGACGCUCCAGAGCCGCUGGAGACCAAACCCGUCAGCAGAGCGAGCAGCAAAGAGCAGCCGACAGCCAGCCCUGACCCGAGCCCCGCAGCCGCUCGCGCUCGCGCUCCAGAGAAAGACGAGUCCCACACAGACGACCGGCUGGAGCGCGCCUCGCAGCAGAGCACAGACACCGGCUCUCUAGACGGCAGCUGCAGAGACCGGCUCAACUCCUCCAUCACCAGCACCACCAGCACACUGGUGCCCGGCAUGCUGGAGGAGGAGGAGGAGGAGGAGGAAGAGGAGGAGGACUACACCCCCGAGCCCAUCUCUGUGCAGGUGCCACCACUCAGCUCCAGGAUCGAGUCCUGGGUCUCCAAAACCCUGGAGAACCUGCAGCUGCGCAGCCAGAGCAGCACCGAGGACGAAGACGAGGAAGAGGAGGAGCUCGACUCUUCUGACCUCGCUGAACCGGCGGUCGACGACAAAGACGCGGCGGAUUCGUCCACAGGAUGAGGUCGCAGAGCACACGUUCCACAAACACUGACUCAGGAAACUAACGGACAGACCAACUACUCACACGCUCUCUGUGAAUAACUCACGCGACUCUACGUCUCCAGAUGACGUUCAGGCUGCUCUUCAGCAUCACGAUGCUCCAGAAAUCACACAGAAGCAUCAUAACAGUCAUCAUAUGCUUCGUUUAGAAUUGGGUGAAACCCAAAUACCUGUACAUCUCAAAUCAGGCAUUCACAAAGUGGUUCUGUCGUGCGACCGGACUUGAAGGGAUCAUCAUGUACUCACCCUCGUGUUGUUUCAAACCUUCUAUGGAACAUAAAGACAUUUUGAAGAACAUUUGGAAACAACCUACUUUGGACCCCAUUGACUUCCAUUACAUGGAUAAAAAGUACUUUCUUUUGUGCUCCUCUAAAGAAAGCCAGUCAUACACGUUUGAGGGAGACUGUCAGAAUGAACAUGUGUGACUGAACUAUCCCUUUAAAAUAUGAGAUCUUAGAGCUGUAUGAAUCAUGAUGCUUCACGGUGUUUUUGUGCUUCUGCGUGAGAAACCAGCAGCUUGACCGUUCUGCUGAACAUCUCAUCCGUGUUCCACUGAAGGAAUAAAGUCAUGCGUUUUUAAAGUGAGUGAAUGAUCUCGUGGACUCUCAUCUGAACGUGCGUUUCGUUUAACCAGGAAGCAUUACCAAACGCUGCAGAAGAGAAACAGCAUUAGUUUGUGCAUAAUAAACGAAUCCUGUGUAAAUAACAUGUUUAAAUGUUUCUAAUAUUCUCGUCUUCGGUUCUAUUUAUCGCGCUUGAAUUCAGACCGAUUCGGAGGGCGUUUAAUUUCACAUGCGUCCUCAGAUUGAAUGGUUUCUCUUAGUACUGAUGGGACAGAUCCGUCUCUUUCUCUGUGUUUGGAGUGAUCUUCAUCUGUGUGUCUUUUGCACUAUGUACAUAAACGUGAACAUGCUUUGGUAACUAAUGUGAAACUAGCACAUGUGUUUUCCAGCAGCUCUGAUGCUGAAGUCAUGCAGUAACUGUUCUCUGACUUAUUGUUAAUACAAUUAAACUGUUUUCAGUAAACUA